UUAUCUAAAUUGUUGGUAAGAGAAUGUGAAGAAGGAAAAGAAAGAUGCAAGAAUAACUAAGAAAAAGAUAGAAUGGCUACAACUCCCAACAUUUACAGCCAAAAAUUCCCAACAAUUACAACCCACAAUUACGCUACCUCCAAUAUUCCUUGUUUUAUUAUUCCAACUAGUUGCGGGAAACAGAGCAGAAAAUUAGUUUUAAUAGUUCGAAACUCCAGCAGCGAAGCCGCAGCUAUAGGCGCAGACGAAACCUCACCUGUUGAAAUUCCACCAGGACCCCCUUCUAUUAUCUCUGCUCUUAAUGUUGAAAAAGCACUUCUUGGCAUAGCAAUAACAGAUGUAGAUCACUAUGGAAGAUUAGGACUUUCAAGAAAAUGUUCAUAUACUGAGGUACCAGUAGCGUACAAGAAGAAGGUUGAAGAAAUUAUGAAUGAGGGAUUGGUAGAAGAAGAGCUUAACGAGAAGCUUGAGCUCCUAAAAGAAUCAUAUUCACUUUUGUCUACACCAGAGGAGAGAAGGCUGUAUGAUUGGAGUUUGGUAAGGAGUGAGGCACCGGAUGAUUACAAGUGGCCAUUUGAGGUUGAUCCAACUCCACCGUCUACCGGAACUCCUCCUCCACAGGAACCAGAGGAUGUGGAACCAACAAUAUUGGUGGGAUAUUUCUUUUUAGGUUGGUUUGUACUAGCCGCCGUGUUAUCAAUUGCCUUAAACCGCUAGAAAGAGAAUUAAGUUUCAUCUUUAAAAAACAUGCAAAAUGACAUUCAUCUUCGUGUAAUAUAUAUACACUUAAACCUUCCAUUGUUGCAUUUUUAUGAAAUUCUAAGCAAUCCUCCCCCUAAUAUAUCAAGUUACUUAUCAUUUAUGGUAUGUUAACGAUGAACUUUUUAUUAAAUAGAGUUACCUACCUUUUAUGUGA